GGAAGGAAAUUCUUGCUACGAGAACUGAGGAAACACACAGAAACAUGUUCGGAAGCUGACACAGAAAAUGAUGUGCAAACAACAGACAUUUUGAAUAUUAACAUUCUUCCACAAACCAUGCAGACUAACAUAGCAAGCUCUCAGGAAAUGCAUGUUGAGGAAGUUGUUAUUUUUCAAGACCAGGAAUUGUUGUUAGAAAACACUGUAGAAAGUAACCACAUCAGCGAUCUAGCUGUGACUGAAGUUUUGCCUGUAUCUGUGCAAAAUGUUGAAACAGUUUCAGAUGUGACCAGCAGAAUUAUUGAGUUUUGUAAGGUACAAAAUAUCGCAGAUCCGGUAGAAAUUUUACGCAAAGUACAGAAAGAAAUGGUCACAGGACGGCCUUUGGAAGUGAUUGAUGUAACACAGAAUUCUGAGGGUGAUACAAACUUUAUUUUAAUUGACAGAACACAUCUGUUGGAGACUGGUUUUGAUGAAAUCAAAGCAAUCAGUGAUGUCCGAAAAACUCUAGAAGUACAAUUUUAUGAUGAGACGGCUGUAGACUAUGGUGGACCCCGGAAAGAGUUCUUUCGUUUAAUGUUAAAGUCAAUUAAAGAAAAAUAUUUUGAUAAGGGACUCCGAGAAUUUAUCUGUGAAGAUUACGAAGUUAUCGGAAAGACCUUUGCUUUAAGUAUUCUACAAAAUGGCCAAAUUCCAACUUUCCUAGAGCCAGAGAUAAUCCAGAAGAUAUUUUCUGAUUCCAUGGACCAUCCAUGCAUCACAAGUUUGAGAAACGGACUUGAGACAUUAGGAUUGUAUACAAUUGGUAUGCAGCUUCCAAGUUUUCUUUACCUUUUCCAAAGACAUUCUACACCAUUGACAUUCAGGAUGCUUACAACACUUUUGAAACCUCAGUUUUCAUUAGAGGGCAGCAACAACAUUGAAGUGGAGAAGAAAGUUUAUGCUGCAUUUGUCCGUUAUUUACGAGAAGUUGCAAGUGGUCGAAGAGAACACUUAUCCAUAGGGAACAUUUUACAAUUUGUAACUGGAGCUGAAGAAGAGCCAGUCUUAGGGUUUCAAAUACCACCUACUAUUCAGUUUCCAGAAGUAAUUAAUUCAUUUAUUCCAACAGCAAACACAUGUAUCAACUCUCUCCAACUACCACGACCAAAGCCAAGCAUUGAUACAAAUCUUCCAGAAGAUAAAGAGCUGUUUGCUUUGUAUGAUUACGCAUUCUUAAAUUCUUAUUAUGGUUUGCGGUAAUUUUUUACCAAUUUUUAUUGCAAGCCAUUCAUUAAUUAUUACCUUGCAAAAACAGUUUUUGUCUGGUUCAUGGGCCUCUUGUUUUAAAUUUGUCUCCAAAUUUGUAGAAAUAUCAUCUACUAUAUGGUCAGUAAGUCAAAAAAUAAAAAGUUCAGACAGUCUGAAGGGUUUCUUUAAACAAAUGUAUAUAUGUGAUUGAUUACAGUUUGAUUACAAUUUUCAACCAGAGACAUUUUGUCAAGGUUCAAGAAUUGAUAAUAAUAUACAAUGUACUGAAGUAAAACCAAUCCAUUUUUAGUAAUGUUGAGAUUGUUGUAAAAUUUUUCCAAAUUUGUUUUUUUUUCCAUUUUCAGUUUUAACAAUGGAUAUAUGCUUUAUGUUCAGAGGUACUUUACAAUACAUGCAUGUAUUACCGAUGCUAAACCAAAAUUUGAGUGUCAAGUGAAAAGCUCAGCUUUCAUUGUUAGGCUAUGUUAACAAGGCUUUUAAGUAAAAAAAAAUCAUAUUUUAAAAGGUAUG